UAACCCCCUCAUCUACAAUGGACUAGUCGGCCCUGUGGGAUGAUGGGUGGAAAACGUCACAGUGACGUCACGCCGACCUGCCGUUCCGUGAUGUCACCAUUUUGGUGAUUUUCUUCACAAAGGUGGUGUUUUUAAAAUGAGUUUGUCCAGGGAACUUCGACAGAAAUCGGACACAUUGUAGCGAGGAAUGGAAAUCAUAAGAACCCAGGCCAGCCCAGGAGCGAUUCAGACCCAUCCAUCCGUGCGACUCAAGGGCACAGAGUUAAACUACACUCCGCAGUCAUGUAUCGAUCAGACCUGCGCUAACAGAAACAGCGUACAUUACCACUGUCCGCUGUGCACGAAGGCAGACUCGUACGGAGACCCCGUCAUCCUCAAGGCACACUUCAGAGUGAAGCACGUGGACAAGAGCAUCGAAUUUGCUGGGCUGAAGGUCCUGCGAUGCUGUAAGUCCUGUGAGAUCGUGGGAGUGAUUAAGGGUGAGAAGCGAUUUAAGGGUGCCCACUGGCACUGCUACAGGUGCAGGAAUGGCUUCAACAGGAGAGACGAGGCCGUCAAACACUACAAGACACACUUCCGCCACCCACAGACUACCUUCCAGAUACAGAUCCCAAACGAGCUGAUGGACCCUGAGCCUGGUGACAGUUUACUAGAAGCCAGCAGUGCCUCCCACACCCUCACCACCACCACCUCCCAGUUCUCCAGUAUCCACCCUGUCCUCACCGAGGCCGUCAUGACAACCGCUCAGCUCACCAAUGACGGCAAGGGAGAGACCGCCGUGCCCAACGGUGUCGCAGCCAAUGAGAUCGUGGCUACUACGGAUGGUCAGACGUAUGUCAUCAUUCCAGAAAAUGCUCAGGGAGACCUGGGUGCCGAUCACUGUGAAGUCGUGAGUUACGAAGCCCAGUCGGACAUGGUGGACGCGCACGGCCUGUCACAGGACGACCUCGAGGGGACCCUGACGCAGGACAACAUCAUCCGGCUACUGGAACAGCGCAGACAGCUGCAGACGGAGGUGGAACAGCUGCAGGCGCAGAACCAGCAGCUGCAGGUGGACAGGGAGAACAUGGAGAAGCAGCUGCGGGAGGAGAUAGCACAGCUGAAACAGCAGGUGCAAGACCUUUCCUCAUCAAGUCCCAGUUUGUCAGACAGACAGAGAACACAACAGGAACAUCCUGAAGACACACAGGUCCAAGAGUUGAUAGAGAAACUGAACAGGGAGCACAGACAGCUGUUGGAACAGCAGGUGGCCCUCCUCCGUCAGCAGGACCAGGGAAAGCAUCAGGCAUCUCACCCCAUCCUAGUCACCAUGUUGUCCCCAUCCGAGUCUGGGACUACCACAUCACAGGAGAACGACCAGUCCGUCUCAACCAGCUCACAGCUGUCACAACAACAGGUCCAGUUUCAGACACUGUACGUCACACACAACAUGCACGGCGACUCAAACGGUCCCGAGAACGACAGCAGAGAUUUGAUGGCGUCCGACGGGGUCUCGGAGAGUUCCAACGUCAUCAUGGAUGUAGGGGAAGAUUCGCAUCAACUUCUCGUGGACAGUAUCGAUGUUAGAAUAGACAAGAGGAAAUCAGAGGAUGCUCUGUUGGAAGAACCCAACAAAAGAAGAAAAGACAGUCCAUAGAGUAUUCUUGUUCUUUACAUAUCGCUUAAAGAUAUACCAUCAUGUAAAUAAUAAUAUUUUGUAUAAAAGAUGAUUAACUGACUACUGUUUCGAAUCAUCCGAAAGACCUGUACUGUAGUUGUAUAUAUGAUGUCUUGACGGUUACAGAUAACUAAUCAUAAAAUUAUUUUUGAUGUAACAUGUAAAUAUGAUUGCAGGUAGUUGUGCAUUGAAUUUGGAAAGAUGCUCUUCAUUGUGAGUUAAGAUGUGUCAACAUUUUUAGCCUCAAAGAUGCCUGAAAACAUGCUUUGGAGGUUUGAACUGAAAGGACAAAAUGGCUUUUGUAAUAUUAUUGCUAUUUAUUUCAACCAGUUGUAAAUUGUAAUGGAAGCUUCG